AUGGCGGCGGUGGUGCAGGAUGCCACAAGUGUGGUGACCUUCGAACCGGACGUGAAACGCAGCGGCGCCCGCGACCGUCCGAAGAACAAGGGAUUCGUCAACUCUCAUGCGAAGGAACCAUCGGAACCCGUGAAAUCAUCCCACGAGCCGAAAGACGAGUCGAAGCAGUUCAACUGUCCAUAUUGCAAAAGAGAAGGUCAUCGGGUUCGCGAAUGCCAGGCAUUCAGGUACCUACACGUCGACGAUCGCUGGAAGCAAGUACGGUCACUCGGCCUAUGCCAGAAUUGUCUUUAUAACCACGGAAGACGUGGGUGCCGAGGACGGAAAACCUGUGACAUUGACGGCUGCCAAUUUCGCCACCAUCCGCUCCUGCAUUCUUCCAAGGGUCCUCAACGAUCUUCUGAUGCGUUGGUUCAGGUGGCAGAGAAUCACACCCAUCGUCACCUUACUUCCGGAACCCUAUUCCGAAUUAUUCCGGUAACGUUGCACGGCAUGAGCAAGUCAAUCGAUACGUUCGCUUUCCUCGACGAAGGUUCGGAUCUAACCUUGGUGGAGAAUGAUCUGGUGGCCUCGCUAGGAAUAAAGGGGACGCAACUACCAUUAUGUCUCCGUUGGACCGGGAAUACUUCAAGAGUGGAGAAGAAUUCGCAGCAGAUAACGAUCGAAAUCGCUGGUCUCGGGCAGGAAAAACGGCAUAAACUGCUUAAUGCGAGAACCGUGACCAACCUUGGCCUACCCGGUCAAAGUUUCCAAGUGGAUGAGACUGCACAACAGCACAGACACCUGAAGGGAAUUCCAAUUACCAGUUAUCAAACUGCGGUACCCAAAAUUCUGAUUGGGGUGGACAAUUUGCGACUAGCAUUACCGCUGAAAGUACGAGAAGGUGACGGAACAGCGCCAGUGGCAGUGAAAACCAGGCUGGGGUGGUGCGUCUACGGCCCGCGAGGAACCAGUAGACAGGAAUCGUAUAGCUUCCACGUGUGCGAAUGUUCCUGCGAUGAAGAACUCCACGAAGCGGUGAAGAAAUUCUUCGCUGUCGAAGAAGCGGGUUCGACGCCAGCGCAAACCUCUCUGGCAAAGGAAGAUGAGAGAGCGCUAGCUAUCAUGGAAGCUACGACCCACAGUGGGUGA